CCUUUGCCAAUGCUUACAAGGAACUGUUUAUCCCUGCUUCUCUGGAUCCUGUUUGAUGGAGGUCUCCUAACACCACUUCAACCACAGCCACAACAGACUUUAGGCACAGAACCAAGAGAAAAUGUUAUCCAUCUGCCAGGGCGACAAUCACAUUCCCAACGAGUUAAACGUGGCUGGGUAUGGAAUCAAUUUUUUGUGCUGGAAGAAUACAUGGGCUCCGAGCCUCAAUAUGUGGGAAAGCUUCAUUCUGACUUGGACAAGGGAGAGGGUACUGUUAAAUACACCCUCUCGGGAGACGGUGCUGGCACCGUUUUUACCAUUGAUGAAACUACAGGCGAUAUUCAUGCAAUAAGGAGCCUGGAUAGAGAAGAAAAACCUUUCUAUACCCUGCGUGCACAGGCUGUGGACAUAGAGACCAGGAAACCCUUGGAGCCUGAAUCAGAGUUCAUCAUCAAAGUGCAGGAUAUUAAUGACAAUGAGCCAAAGUUUUUGGAUGGACCUUAUGUUGCUAGUGUUCCAGAAAUGUCUCCUGUGGGUGCAUACGUGCUCCAGGUCAAGGCCACGGAUGCAGAUGACCCGACCUAUGGAAACAGUGCCAGAGUUGUUUACAGCAUUCUUCAGGGACAACCUUAUUUCUCUAUUGAUCCCAAGACAGGUAUUAUUAGAACAGCUUUGCCAAACAUGGAUAGAGAAGUCAAAGAACAAUACCAAGUUCUCAUUCAAGCCAAAGAUAUGGGAGGACAACUAGGAGGACUGGCUGGAACGACAGUAGUCAACAUCACCCUCAGUGACGUCAAUGACAACCCACCUCGCUUCCCUAAAAGUAUCUUCCAUCUGAAAGUUCCUGAAUCUUCUCCUGUUGGCUCUGCUAUUGGAAGAAUAAGAGCUGUAGAUCCUGAUUUUGGACAAAAUGCAGAAAUUGAGUAUAAUAUUGUUCCUGGAGAUGGAGGAAAUUUGUUUGACAUCGUCACAGAUGAGGAUACACAAGAAGGAGUUAUAAAACUGAAAAAGCCUUUAGAUUUUGAAACAAAGAAGGCAUAUACUUUCAAAGUAGAGGCAUCCAACCUUCACCUUGACCACCGGUUUCACUCCGCUGGCCCUUUCAAAGACACUGCUACGGUGAAAAUCAGUGUGCUGGAUGUAGAUGAGCCUCCCGUGUUUAGCAAGCCACUCUACACCAUGGAGGUUUAUGAAGACACCCCAGUCGGGACCAUCAUUGGUGCUGUCACAGCACAAGAUCUGGAUGUGGGCAGUAGUGCCGUUAGGUACUUCAUAGAUUGGAAGAGUGAUGGGGACAGCUACUUUACAAUAGAUGGAACCGAAGGAACCAUCGCCACUAAUGAAUUACUAGACAGAGAAAGCACUGCACAAUAUAAUUUCUCCAUAAUUGCGAGUAAAGUUAGUAACCCCUUAUUAACCAGCAAAGUCAACAUACUGAUCAAUGUCCUCGAUGUCAAUGAAUUUCCUCCAGAAAUAUCUGUGCCAUAUGAGACAGCUGUCUGUGAAAAUGCAAAACCAGGACAGAUAAUUCAGAUAGUCAGUGCUGCAGAUCGAGAUCUUUCACCUGCUGGGCAGCAAUUCUCCUUUAGAUUAUCCCCUGAGGCCGCCAUCAAACCAAAUUUUACAGUCCGUGACUUCAGAAACAACACUGCUGGGAUUGAAACCCGAAGAAAUGGAUACAGCCGCAGGCAGCAAGAGUUCUAUUUCCUCCCUGUUGUAAUAGAAGACAGCAGCUACCCGGUCCAGAGCAGCACAAACACAAUGACUAUUCGAGUUUGUAGAUGUGAUUCUGACGGUACCAUCCUGUCUUGUAAUGUGGAAGCAAUCUUUCUGCCUGUAGGACUUAGCACUGGCGCUUUGAUUGCAAUCCUACUCUGCAUCAUUAUACUCUUAGCCAUAGUCGUGCUGUACGUCGCGCUGCGCAGGCAGAGGAAGAAGGACACCCUGAUGACCUCCAAGGAGGACAUAAGGGACAAUGUCAUCCACUACGACGACGAGGGAGGCGGGGAGGAGGACACGCAGGCCUUCGACAUCGGGGCGCUGAGAAACCCGACGGCGGUCGAGGAGAACCAAGUGCGCAGGGACAUCAAGCCAGACGCCCUCUGCCUGCCCCGCCCGCGGCCCCCGGUGGAGGACAGCACGGACAUCAGGGACUUCAUCCACCAGCGGCUGCAGGAGCACGACCUGGACCCCGCCGCCCCGCCCUACGACUCGCUGGCCACCUUCGCCUACGAGGGCGCGGGGUCGCUGGCCGGGUCGCUCAGCUCCAUCGACUCGCUGGCCACCGACGGCGACCAGGACUACGACUACCUGGCGGACUGGGGACCGCGCUUUAAGGUCCUGGCCGACCUGUUCGGCGAAGAAGAGAGCUACAACCCUGACAAAGUCACCUAGGGGGCGGCGGCGGCUGGCGCGGCGGCGGAGAGAUUCCUCACCCCGGAAACCCAGUGGACAGCGACGCGCGCGGGCUUUCUAACGAGGAUUCCUUGGACGAUCUGGUCUCUAGCAAGUGGCUAUAUUUAUCAUACUGUCAGUUUUGGUUUUUAUUCUGUCGACACAAGAUAAAUCCUAUCAUAUGUACUCGCUUUGUUUCGUUUUGUUAUUUCAGAAACACGCUGAGACAAGCUCAGGCCUAUUAAAUACGAUUUACUGACAUGACAACCUACAACGAAGAUAGCUAUGUGGCAUCACGGUGGAAGAGUGUUAGAUUUUUCUUAAUUCCACUAAAGUGCCUAUUGAAACUCUUAUCAUUUAAAGUGGUGUACCCUACACUCUGCUGUGAUGUGGUUGCAGGAUUCAGUGAUAAAGAGGAAUAAACAAAGACACCUUCAAGGAGCAAUAGCACCCUGCUGACUCUUCUCAUUCCUUUUGAGAAAAAGGAAACUCUCCGAACUCCAUCGUCUUAUAAUUCAAAGGUUUUUCUUUUUUAAACUGUAUGCCAAGACAUAUUUGC